CUUCCCUUCGACCUUUGUUCAUUUACUCUCCAUUCAUUAACUAGUGACGACGACAAGAUGGUCUACGAAUCAGAGAUCCAGUUUACCCUAGACACAAUAUGCCCAUGGACCUACCUGGCCAAACGCCGGCUCUCCAAGGCAUUGUCUCAACUCCCAGCAGACUGUCCCGUCAAAUUCACCACAGUCUACAAGCCUUACCAGCUGUUCCCUGAGGCCUCGCAAGAUGGCCAGGAUAAAUACGAAUGGUACAAGACGUUCCGCUACAACAACAGCGACGACCUGAUGCAGAAGUACACCAAGGUCAUGUCGUCGUACGGCGAGCCCGAGGACAUCAAGUUCAAAUUCGGCGGCUCCGUGGCCAACACCACGCACGCGCACCGACUGAUUCAGCACUACCAAGAAACCAAGGGGCCGGAGACGGCAGACCGGAUUGUGGACAGCUUGUACCGGCAGUACUUCGAGGAGGAGCGACAUCCAUCUUCCGACGACACUUUGCUACGGGCGGCGACGGAGGCGGGAGUCGACGAGGGCGAAGCGAAGAAGUUCAUCGAGGACAAGGAUGAAGGGCUGAUGGAGGUGAAGAUGGCCGUUCGUCAGCAGGCGGGCAAUCAGGUUGACGCCGUGCCUUACAUCGUCAUUGAAGGCAAGCGGCGGGACAUGCAGCUCGAGGGAGCGAAGGAAGUGCAGGAGUAUGUGUCGACGUUGAACAAGGUCAUCAAGGAGAGCGCAUAG